AGAUUCUAGCGCGAGGCCCACGUGUAGUUCAGUUCUGUGGAACGCAGUCGCGCUCAAAAUUCUCCAUUUAUUUCUGAAACAGAGCAAGUCGACUUGGAGCAAAAUUUUCGGCGACGACAGGUGACAGCACUUCCAGGCUGCACCAGCCGAGACUAAGUGCUAAAGCUCGCAGCGGCCGCGCUUCUAUAGCUGACAACUUAGCCCGAGUCCAUCGUUGGCGAACCGAGCAGCAGCAGCAGCCAUGACCCUGCUGGGAGAUCGCAGUGAGGGGGACUGCAUGGACAUGCUGUGCAGCGAGUCGGUGGACCUGCCCCCGGAGGGCGUCGGCGCCAUGACUCUCUCCGUGGACUCCUACCCCAAGGAGUCGCUGGAGGUGAUGGACCUGAUGCGUCGCCAGGGUUUUCUCUGCGACGUCGAGAUUCGCGUCGGCUCGGAGUCGUUCCCGGCGCACCGACUCGUGCUGCUGGCCAUGUCCCCGUACUUCCGCGCCAUGUUCGCCGGGGGUUUGCGCGAGGCGGCCAUGCCCGUGGUGCAGAUACAGGGAGUCGGGCCGUCGACCAUGGCAAGCGUGAUGCGGUUCGCCUACACUGGCGCCAUCUGCAUCGAUCAGCGUAACGUGUGUCAGCUGCUGCCGGCCGCCACCAUGUUCCAGGUGAACCACAUCAUCGAGGCCUGCUGCAACUUUCUGGAGAAGCAGCUCGACCCGAACAACUGCAUCGGCAUCGGCGAUUUUGCCCUACAGCACGGCUGCACCAAACUCUACAUCAAGGUCAACGAAUUCAUAGACCAAAACUUUGCCGCUGUGUCCGAAGGCGAGGAGUUUCUGGGCCUUACGGCGAGCCAGCUGGUGGCGCUGGUGCGUCGCGACGAGCUGAACGUGCGCUGCGAGUCGGAGGUGUUCAACGCCGUGCUGCGCUGGGUCAAGCACGACGAGCCCCGCAGGCGCGCCAAGAUGGCCGACGUGCUGUACGCGGUGCGCUGCCACUUCCUCACGCCGCGCUUCCUCAUGCACCAGCUGCAGACCUGCGACCUGGUGCGGAGCAUGCCCCAGUGCUGCGACUACCUGCACCGCAUCAUUCAGGACUUGACGGGCCGGCGCCAGUACACGGUGUCCCAGCGGCGUCCUCAGGUUGCACAGGUGGUGUACUGCGUGGGCGGUUACCAGCAGCACUCGCUGGGCGCGCUCGAGUGCCUGUGUCCGCCGCAGCAGUGGUUCCGACUCGCGGAGCUCGGCUGCCCGCGCUCGGGCCUGGGAGCCGCCUUCCUCGGCGGAAAGCUGUACGCGAUCGGAGGAAGAAACAACAGCCAGGACAAAAGCUACGACUGCGCCUCGGUAGACUGCUACGACCCGGUGGCGAACGCGUGGAGCACCUGCGCCGACCUGCAGGUGCCUCGAAACCGCGUCGGAGUGGCCGUGCUCGACGGUCUGCUUUACGCCGUCGGAGGAUCGUGCGGCUCCACGCAGCACUACUCCGUGGAGAGGUACGACCCGGCCGAGGAUAAGUGGACGUACGUGGCGUCAAUGGCGCGUGCGCGCAUCGGCGUCGGCGUGGCCGUCCAGCGUCGGCUGCUGUUCGCCCUGGGCGGGUACAACGGCCAGGCGAGGCUCAGCUCGGUCGAGUGCUACGAUCCGGACCGGGACCAGUGGUGUGACGUGGCGCCCAUGAACGUCUGCCGCAGCGGUGCCGGAGUGGUAGCCGUGGAGCGCUGGAUCUACGUAGUGGGCGGCUACGACGGCAGCAGUCAGCUGACCUCGGCGGAGCGCUACGACGUCGAGCGCGACCAGUGGGACGUGGUGGCCUCGAUGAAGGAGCCUCGCAGCGCCCUCGCCCUCGCCCACCUUGGAGGAAAGAUAUACGCGCUCGGCGGCUACGAUGGCACCGACUUCCUGUCGUCGGUGGAGGUGUUCGACCUCGAGUCCGAGCAGUGGUCCGAAGGGACGCCCAUGCAAGCCGGACGCAGCGGACACGCGGCGGCCGUCUGGCGAGCGCCGCACCUCAUGCACUCGGUGCUCUGAAGACAUCGCCUGCGCAUGCGUGCUGCACCACUUCUGCCCGAGCUGAGGACAGCAGCGGCUCAAGUGCCGCGUUUAAAUUUCAAGGUCACGAAACAUGCUGGCACGUUUGCUGAUAUCGCGGCGCCCCCUGGAACAGUGGCCAACAGAUUGUUCGCAAGUGCGCGUUACACAGAUAUAACCCGAAAUUAUUUAUACGUUUUAGCCGAGGUUCUUAAAUUAUACGAUGUGGCCCUCCUCGC